AUGUUCACUAUUUGGUUAUUAUCACUAUUUAUUGGGCAAACAUCAGGUAUUUCCUACAAUCAACCUAAAUUUUGUCCAAAUGCAACGUGGAAUCAGACGGCUAUAACUUUUGCCACAAGCAUCUUGGUCGGCACACAUCCUCUCGGUAUUUUUGUCGACACAAAUAAUACUGUCUAUGCAGCUGAUUAUACGGAUGGGAGGAUUUUAAUAUGGUUUAAUGGAAGUACUACACUUACUGGAAAUAUUUCAAGUGGUUUAACCACACCUUAUCCUCUCUUCGUUACGGACAAUGGGGAUCUUUAUGUUGGUAACGCCUACUCAAAUUAUCGAGUUGACAAAUGGGCAUGGAAUACGACAAAUAGUGUUCCAGCAAUGUAUAUAUGUUCAAUAUGCUAUGGUAUUUUUGUGGAUAUUAACAAUAUGCUUUACUGCUCAAUAUUUUCGUAUCAUCAAGUUAUCUACAAAUCGUUGAUCCAAAAUUUAAAUGUAUGGAGUAAUGUCGCCGGUGUAAGUAAUACAGCUGGGUCAACGUCGACUACACUUAACAGUCCUUGUGGAAUCUUUGUUGAUAAAUACUUGAACUUAUAUGUGGCUGAUUAUGCAAACAGUCGAAUUCAAAAAUUUGCAUCAGGACAAUUGAAUGGAACAACAAUAUCAACAGGAGCCAUCACACUCUAUCAUCCAACUGGAGUUAUACUUGAUGGUAGUGGAUAUGUUUUUAUUGUUGACAAUGGCAACAGUCGUAUUAUUGGUUCAGGACCUAACGGUUUUCGAUGUAUAAUGUCAUGUUCCGGAUCUGGUUCAUCAUCCAGCCAAUUAUAUGCUCCACAAAGCAUGAAUUUUGACAGUUAUGGAAAUAUAUUCGUCACCGAUCAGUAUAAUAACAGAAUUCAAAAAAUUCUUUUGUCAUCGAACGUCUGUAAUACAACCACAGCAACAACUAAUGUUAUAUCAUUCAAUCAACCAAAAUUUAGCGCAUAUGCUACUUGGGAUAGUAUUGCAAUUACUUUUGCGAAUAGUAGCACAGUUGGCACAAGUCCAUAUGGAAUUUUCGUAGAUACUAACAAUACGGUUUAUGUAGCCAAUAAAGCAAGCAAUCAAAUUCGAGAAUGGUUAUCAGGAAGUAAUAUACCUACAAGAAAUAUUACCAGUGGUGUUACUUCUCCAUAUAGUAUCUUUGCUACAAGCACUGGCGAUAUUUACGUCGAUAAUGGAUAUACAAAUAAUAGAGUCGAUAAGUGGGCAUCAUACGGAAAUAUAAGUAGUUCAGUAAUGCAAGUUCAAGGUGCAUGCUAUGAUCUCUUUAUCGAUGUUAAUAAUACUCUUUACUGUUCAUUGUAUACUCAAAAUCAAGUUGCUAUAAAAUCAUUGAAUGGCAAUUCAAGUAUGUGGAUCGUUGCUGCUGGUACAGAAUGUUCUGGAUCAACUGCGAAUUCACUUAAUGAACCUCGUGGAAUUUUUGUUGAUACAAAUCUCAAUUUAUAUGUUGCUGAUUGUGGAAACGAUCGGGUGCAAUUAUUUUUAUCUGGACAAGUAACAGCAACUACAGUAGCAGGAAGUACAGCUAUUGGAACUAUCUCACUUGAUUGUCCUAGCGAUGUUGCACUUGAUAAUGAUGGAUAUCUUUUUAUUGUAGACAGCAGCAAUAAUCGUAUUAUUGGUUCAGGACCUAAUGGCUUUCGAUGCAUAAUUGCAUGUUCAUCUACAAGUGGUUCAGCAUCCAAUCAAUUAAGUAGUCCGUCGACUUUUAGUUUUGAUAGUUAUGGAAAUAUAUUUAUUACUGAUCAAGGCAACAGUCGAGUGCAAAAGUUUCUUAUAACAAGUACUUCUUAUAAUGCAACUAUCAAUCAACCAAACUUAUGUCCAUCUACAACAUGGUAUAUAAAUGCAAUUACAUUUGCUAAUAGUAGUACGGUUGGAACUUACGUAUUUGGUGUUUUUGUUGGUCUUGAUAAUACUGUUUAUGUAGCUAAUCCACAAACUAAUAAGGUUGUAGUAUGGUACGAAGGAAGUAUUAAUCCAGAUAAAAUUCUUUCUGGUAGUCUCAGUUCACCAUAUGAUCUUUUCGCUACUCCCAUAGGUGAUAUAUAUGUUGAUAAUGGUGCAAAUAAUGGUCGAGUUGACAAAUUCUCAUUAAACUCAAAUAUAAGUACUUCUGCAAUGUCAGUUCCUGGUGAAUGUUUUGGUAUUUUUGUUGAUAUUAAUAAUAAUCUUUAUUGCUCAGCAUUCAAUGCCCAUCAAGUUGUUAAGAAAUGGUUGAAUGAUAAUGUACUUACAUCAACUAUUGUUGCUGGCACAGGUACAGCUGGAUCAACAGCAACUAUGCUCGAUUACCCUGUUGGAAUUUUUGUCGAUGCUAAAUUUAAUUUAUAUGUUGCAGAUUCUCUUAAUGAAAGGAUACAAAUGUUUCCCGUUGGACAAUUAACUGGAGUAACUUUAGCAGGAAAUAGUGUACCAGGAACUAUUACACUUUAUUAUCCAAAUGGUGUUACACUAGAUGGUAAUGGAUAUCUUUUUAUUGCGGAUUGUUUUAAUCAUCGAAUAGUUGGAUCAGGACCCUAUGGUUUUAGAUGUUUAUUUGGAUGUACAAAUACUGCAGGUUCUUCAUCAAGUCAAUUGUACUAUCCAGCAACUAUAAGAUUUGAUAGUUAUGGAAAUAUAUUUGUUGGUGAUAAAUACAAUAAUCGCGUGCAAAAAUUUCUAUUAGCAUCAAACUCAUGUAGUAUCUCUUAUAAUCAACCAACAUUUUGUUCUAAUGCUUUAUGGUAUUCUAAUGCAUCAACUUUUGCAUCAAGUAGUACAAUUGGUACAUUACCUUAUGGUAUUUUUAUUAAUGGAAUUAAUACUGUGUAUGUACCUAAUCGAGUUAGUAACAGUAUUUUAUCAUGGCCUCAAGGGAGUACUACAUCAACAAGUAAUAGUUAUAGUAAUUUGAGUAAUCCAUAUAGUCUUUUUAUGUCUAUUAAUGGUGAUAUUUAUAUUGAUAAUGGUUAUUCCUAUGGUCGAGUCGAUAAAUAUAUAUUUAAUACUUCAAAUUGGGUUACUGUUAUGAAUAUUAAUGGAAGUUGUUAUGGUUUAUUUAUUGAUAUUAAUAAUAAUCUUUAUUGUUCACUUAAAAAUCUCCAUCAAAUUGUUAAACUUUUACUUAAUAACGGUACAACCACUCCGACGAUUGUAGCCGGUAACGGUUCUGCUGGAUCACUAUCAACUAUGCUUAAUUCUCCUCAAGGAAUCUAUGUUGAUAGUAAUUUAAACCUAUAUAUUGCAGACUGUGCUAACAAUCGUAUCCAAUUCGUUCAAACUGGUCUAUUAAAUGGAGUUACAAUCUUUGGUGCUGGAUCUUCGACAAAUUUUAUACUUAACUAUCCAACUGGAAUUGUUCUUGAUGCUAAUGGUUAUUUAUUUAUUGUCGAUAGUUACAAUCAUCGUAUUGUUGCUUCAAGUUCUACUGGUUUUCGAUGUAUCGUAGGAUGUUCCGGAGGUGGUUCAUCUGCGUCGCAGUUAUCAUUCCCACAAAGUAUGGCUUUUGAUAGUUAUGGAAAUAUAUAUGUUACUGAUCGAAAUAAUAGUCGAGUGCAACAAUUCUCUUUUCAAGCUAGCAGCUGCACUUGUUAUUCACCGACGGUUAUAUUAAUUCCUGGACAAUCAUCUCUAUCAUCGCCAAUAUCGUAUCGACGUAGUCAAGAUUUUUUUAUUAGUUCAAUGAUUCAAUUUCAUUGUAAUGGUUCACUUUCGACAACUAAAAAAUGGACAAUAAAGAAUUGUUCUUCAACUAGUUGUUCAUUUGAAAUUGUAUUAGAUGAAAAUGUUAUGACAACAUUUAGUGAACUUUGUAUUCCAUCAAGAACUCUUGCUUAUGGUGUUUAUCAACUAACAUCAACUGUAACAAUGAUUGAUUCACCGAAUUUAAAAGCAUCAUCGUCAGUUUAUGUGAGAAUAACUGCAACAGGUAUAACAGCAAAUCUUGUUCAAUUAGGAACAUCUAUGAUAACACGAGGUAAUCAACAGGAUCUUUUACUUGAUCCUGGAACAUUUUCGGUUGAUCCUGACGAAGACACAUUUGAUGCAACUAAAUGGAAAUAUGCUUAUUAUUGUCGAAUUUAUGAUUUAUAUAAUUUUCCAAAUGUACAAGGAAUAUUAUUAUCAAUUGAUGAUUCAAGAAUUGAUCCUUAUAAUCCAUCAUGUUUGUCAAAUCGAUCAGGAAAUGGAACGGGAUUAGUAUUCGGAAAUUUAACUUCAUCACCUAAUUCAUCUCUAACAGUUCUUGCUGGUUCACUUCAAUCAAAUCAAAUUUAUCAAUUUAUGGUCUAUAUGGAGAAUCGUAAGAAUUCUUCUAUUCA